AGGAGCUUUUGCCGGCUUCUUGUCUAGGGAAGUUGUUCCCGGGUCAGUAUUGUCCGGCCGGGGGGGGGGGGCUCUGCUCGGCGGAGAGAAAGAGGCCCGCUGCGUCUUCGGGGGCUUAGCGGCACGUGGGCUGCCUCCAAGUCUUGUGCUUCUUCCCAUUGGGCAAAAGAGACUCGUCGUCGUUUCCCUGGGCGUGGAGGAGCCCCGGGAACCUUCAACCUGUUGCCUUCCUUCGAGCUGCAGAACUUCGCCGCUUUUGCUCGUCUCCUCUAAGAUGCUUCCGCCGUGCUUUCCUUGACUGGCUUUUUAUUUAGCUCAGGGGGAAAAGGCGUCUCUCCCCCUGUCUUUCGUGCGCGCUCGUUACGGGGCGAAGGGGGGUGGCCACGGGGACCGGCUCCGUUUUGCUUCAGCCGACCCCAAUGUUACCCUCUUGGGUGACGGGGGCGGCAGCUGGACUGGUCGUCUGCCUGCACCUCCUCCAGAAGCUCUUCUUCCCUUACUUCUGGGUGGACCUGAAGUUCUUGCUGAAAGUGGUGAAGUAUGGGACGACCGUGGAGGUCUACCGGCUGCGGCGCAGGAUUUGCACCGCGCUGGACAGGUUUGUGACGCUGGCCGAGAGGCAGCCCGACAAGCCCUUCGUGGUCUACGAAGGCGAGGUCCACACCUACAAGGCGGUGGACAGGAGGAGUAACCGGAUAGCCCAGCUUUUCCUCAAGGAAGGGACGCUGAAAAGGGGAGACACCGUGGCUCUGUUGAUGAGCAACGAGCCCGAUUUCAUCCACGUGUGGUUCGGACUGGCUAAGUUGGGCUGUGUGGUGGCUUUCCUCAAUUUCAACAUCCGCUCCAGGUCUCUCCUGCACUGCAUCAGUAGUUGUGCGCCCAAGAUGCUGGUGGUGGGAGCAGAUAUGAUUGGGACCUUAGAGGAAAUUCUUCCUAGCCUCCAAGAAGAUAUUAGAAUUUGGGUGAUGACAAAAGAAUCCAGAUUGCCAUAUGUUCAUACUAUUUUAGACAAGCUGGAGCUUGCCCCAGAUGAUCCUGUACCAGUUAAUCUUCGUGUUGCUAAUAAUCUAAAGGACCCUCACCUCUACAUUUUCACCUCAGGAACAACAGGUUUACCAAAGGCUGCAGUUAUCAGUCAUAUGCAAGUUCUAAAAGGAGCUGCUGGAUUGUGGGCAUUUGGUGCCACUCCUGAUGAUAUCAUUUAUAUAACUCUCCCUCUUUACCACAGUGCAGCUUCUCUCCUUGGCAUCAGUGGAUGUAUUGAACUGGGUGCAACAUGUGUUUUAAGGAAGAAAUUUUCAGCUAGUCAGUUUUGGAAUGAUUGCAAGAAGUAUAAUGUUACAGUUAUUCAGUACAUUGGAGAACUGUGCCGUUACCUGUGUAAACAGCCUGUGAGAGAGGGGGAAAGAAAUCACAAAGUUCGCCUUGCAGUUGGGAAUGGAGUAAGAACAGAUGUAUGGAAGGAAUUUAUACACCGAUUUGGUGACAUCAAGAUGUGUGAAUUCUACGGUGCAACUGAAGGAAACAUUUGUUUCAUGAACCACACAGCCAAAGUUGGAUCUGUGGGCCGAACUAAUUUCUUUUAUAAGCUCUUUUUCCCUUUUGACUUGAUUAAGUAUGAUUUUCAAAAUGAUGAGCCAAUCAGAAAUAAAAAUGGAUGGUGUGAAAGAGUUAAGAAAGGAGAGCCUGGUCUUUUAAUAUCCAAAGUGAACUCGAAGAAUCCAUUCUUUGGCUAUGCUGGCAAUAAGAAAGACACAGAAAAGAAGUUACUCUAUGGUGUGUUUAAGAAAGAAGAUUUUUAUUUUAAUACAGGAGAUCUGAUGGUUCAAGAUGAAGAAAAUUUUCUUUACUUUUGGGACAGAACAGGGGAUACAUUCAGAUGGAAAGGGGAGAAUGUGGCAACUACUGAAGUUUCUGAUGUCAUCGGUAUGUUGGGUUUCAUACAGGAAGCCAAUGUGUAUGGGGUUUUUGUUCAAGGUUAUGAAGGGAAAGCAGGAAUGGCCUCUGUCAUCUUAAAGCCUAAUACGUCCUUAGAUUUGGAACAACUUUAUGAAUAUGUGGUGACAUAUCUGCCCAGUUAUGCCCGUCCACUAUUUUUAAGACUCCAGGAAAUAAUGGAAGUUACAGGAACUUUCAAGCAACAAAAAUUUCAGUUGGUCGGGGAAGGAUUUAAUCCAUCUGCAAUCAGUGAUCCACUUUAUUUUUUGGACAAUUCUAAAAAGUCUUACAUUUUAUUAACCAAAGAACUACAUGAGAAGAUAUUAUCUGGUCAGCUCAAACUUUAAUGUUUAUUUAUUAGCAAGGAGUUGUGCUAUCUAGUGCACACAAUAUAACAGAAGUUUAAACAUGGUUUGGUAGCUAUAUCAAUGUGGUUUCUUGGGUGAGAUUUGUACACUGUUGAAAUUUUGCAGUUAAUAUUUGGAGGAGGGGAUAUUACUUUCUGUUAUCUUUCUCUGUUUUGACCAUCAGUGUAUACUAAUUGUUUUCUACCUCUUGCAGUGCAAUCCUACACUUAUCUACUCAGAAGUAAGUCCUGUUGAGUUCAAUAAGACUUAUUCUCAGGUAACGGUGUAUAGAAUUGCAGACUUAGAAUAUCAAAUGUAGCUGCAUAUAUUUAAAUACAUUAGCUAAAUAUAUUAGAGUUCACAAAAAAGUCAUCCUACUUAAACUUCCUUUGUAUGAUCUUAUGAUAGACACAAACAAAGGAUAUUAAGAGGGGGGAAAUAACAAAGCUACAGUGCAGUUGUUUUACUUUGUAUAUUUGAUAAUGUCUGUUACUUAGACAAAAAACUAGUAACCAUUUGCAAUAGAUGACAAGUGUUCGCAAUAUUCACCUCAACUAAAAAUGAUUGUUAGGUGUGUGUUUUUUAAUAAAAUAGUUGAAAAGAGGAGAAAUAAUGCUGUAAUUUUGGAUUGCUAACAUUAUAAAAAAACAUUGUUUUGAGAUAAUUUCUUCUGACACACAGAACUGUCACAUUAUUUAUUUUACUUAAGCAGAAAUUCCUAACUCCUCUUCAUUUUCACAUGCUUUCUGAUUUUAAUUGCUCCUGAACCACGAAGGUAUUUGAUAUUCUUUUGUUCAGCCCUGCUUAUAUUAGCUCUCUGCACUAAUCUCCAAAAUGAAUAAAUUAAAUUGCAAUUCUAUACACUCUUACCUGGGAGUAAGUUCCAUUGAAUUUAGUGGUUCUUACUUUUGAAUAGCGAUAUUUAGGGUUGUGCUGUUGAUGUUUUAUUU